AUGUCCGCCCCAACAGCCGAGGAACUGCGCGCGAUCCAAGCCCCACUCAAGCAGGCCUAUUCGUCCGAUGCGACCGCCGCCCAAGUCACUCUCAAAUCUACCUCAACUUUGGGGACCGGCGUUUCAUGCUCCCUUUCGGUUGGCAAGGCGAUGAAGGAGGCUGGCUUGUCCCCUAUGGCGGGCGGGACGGGCGAUCAAUUGUGCAGUGGGGAUCUGUUGCUCGAAAGCUUGGCCGCUUGUGCAGGAGGUCAGUCGGGAGCUGUCGUAUGUAUCUACUCAAACUUAUGCAUGCUGAUAAAUUGAUCUGUCGUUUCGCUAUGCGUUGCAGUCACUCUGAAAGCCGUAGCGACGGCACUAUCAAUUUCCGUCGAGAGUGGAACCGUGGCCGUCGAAGGCGAUCUCGACUUCCGGUCUGUUUCUGAUUCGAUUUUCAAGCUGGAAUCAUGCUCAUAUUAAAACCAUCCUCCCUGGAACUUGGAUCCAGUGGGACACUCGGCGUCGACAAGACCGCUCCCGUCGGCUUCACGGCCAUCAGGGUCAAAUUCGACUUCGAUUGCGGAGAUACCCCGAAGGAAAAGGUCAGUUGCAUUAUGCAGAAGAGCAUGAAAUGCCUUCUCAGAUGUCUUGCUGAUAAGUGUCCGGUGUUUCAUUCCUGAAAUAGGUCGAAAAAUUGAUCUCGUUGACCGAGCGGUAUUGCGUCGUCUUGCAAACGCUGAGCAAGGGUGUGCCGACGAGCAGUCAGCUCGUGAUAAAGUAG